GUUUGUAUCUUAUCACAACACCUGAGAGUGAUCUAGACAGAAGUUUACGGUCUUGCAGAAAUUUGACAUGCCACACUGUGGCAAACUGUUCUGAACCAAACUGGACUGCUUAGUGAGACUGUUUUUUUGUUUGCUGUGUAGUGAUGUCAUCUGCAAACGGCCUAUAAGCAAUGUGACAACCAAACCUAGUCUUCCCUAUAUAAGCUAUAGCCUUUCACAGUCGAUGUUGUGAUGUUGGCACUCUACUCAGUCUAGUAUAUCAGUGAUUUGGUUGUUAGCAUGGGACCUAUUCACCACACAACAUUACUCCUACUUGUGUGAUAUUCCUUAACUCUGCAAUAAUAGAAAUAAGGGGCCUCUUCAGUGGAGGUUGAGGAAGUUUCCAGCCUGGAGGUCAAUGAGGGGUUAAAAGAAAAGGCCUCUGGGAGCCAGACUCAAGAGCAGCUGAUGGAGGAGAGUGAAGAGAGGCUACUCAACCUACAGAGAGAUUUGCUGGUGUUAGUGUCAAACAUCCCAACUGCAGCUGAUGCCAGAGAGUCGUUGCGGAGGACAAAGCAGGAGACGGCUAACAGGCUAAGAUCAGAGCAGCUGGAGAAUUAUGCAAAAUCAAGCCAGGAAAAAUUUGCAGAGAUCAACAAUGGGUGGUCUGUAGUAGAUAAUGAGAAGAUGACCGCUCAGGAGCUGCAGGACCUGCUGAACAACCAGCAGAAAUUAUGGUCUGCUCUCAGAGAGGACAUGAAUAAACCCAUAAAUGAGCUGAAACAGGAGCUGAAGAUUGGCAAUGAUAACUUUGUUAAGGACUUGAGGAGUUACACCAAAGAGCUGGACCUAAUGAUUGAGAGAAUGACCGACACGACCAAAACCCUGACAAAGGCCAACAGGGAGGAGAUGGCCUAUUUUAAGACAGUUCUUCAGCAGGAAACUGAAGCCUUACUUACAAGAGACAGGAGCGAAUGGGAACAAUGUGCAACUGAGCUUUCAGACAAAACGUUGGCGUGGCUCACAGAAAAGCAGAAGAAAAUGGAGGAGAAUAAGGUGGAAAUUCACGAUCAGAUGUUGGACAUAUGUGACCAGUUGAACACCUUCCAGUUAGAACAUAAUAGAAAUGUCCAUGUGGAGAGAGAGUGUUCACGUACCAGAUUUGCCCACACCAGUGUUGCAAAACUUGAAAAGGAAAAACAGCAGGCUGAUUUGCUCACAUAUAAGCACAACAUGAGCCGGAUAAAGAGCAAUAUCAGCAGUCUGAAAACAAAGAAUAAAAAGCUCAUUGCUCAGUUCAACUGCCAAACAAAACUGUUAACAGAGAAGAGCCGACUUUCUGCCAAACACCAAAAGAACAACCAGCGAUAUGAAAACACCAAGAUGACAAUAGAGAAGAAAAUAGAUCACUUUGCAGGCGCCAAUGUUGUACAGUUGGAGGAGAUGUGGUUGAUGAUCGAAGAAGAGAUGAAGCAGCUGGUUGAGGAAGUUAUAGCUUUGGACUCACUGAUCUGCGAGCAGCACCUUGGUCUUGCUUGGGAAAAACCUAAUUUAGCCUUUAUGGAGAGACAGGCCAAGAGCCCCGCCCACCAGGCUGUCUCCAAGUCAUCUCACAAAAUGCCCUCCUCACAGAGUAGUCCGCAGCAUGCUGCAGCUUGGGAUCCUUCAGAGGAUGAGGCCUACUGGGAGAGGGUGUGCAACAUCAUCUCUGAGGAUAAAGUGAAGCUCUGGGAAGCUGCAGAGAAGCAACUACAUCACUACAUUGAGGUCCUGACAGAAAUUUCUGAUGUCAUCCCUGAGGCUCAGAGUCUGAAGCAGCAGAAUGAUGAGCUGCGGAUUCUCCUGCUACAGUCUCAGCAACUGUAGCAAGUCAACAUGGAGCUGGAGAUGCCCACAGCUCUAAUUAACAUGGAGUCAACUUAUACUGGGCACUGCUAAGAGGACUGAAAUUCAUGAAUAAAUAAAGCCUGUAUUGCAUCAUGUUGUGGUUUUGGCUUUUAUUUUACAACCACAGAAAGAAAGUGGUAGAUGAGGGAUUUACAACAUCAGAUGAUGUUGGUUACAUCGUACAUCGUGUAUACCUAAUAAAACAG